CUCCACUCUGACAUGGAUAAAGGUGACGGUCAGGUGAGGUAUGUCCUGAAUGGUGAGGGAGCGAUGUCCAUCUUCACCAUUGAUGAGAAGACAGGAGACAUUCAUGCCACCAAGAGGCUUGACCGGGAAAAGCAGGCGUAUUACACCCUGAGAGCGCAGGCUCGAGACCACAUUACCAACCUGCCCGUUGAACCCGAGUCCCAGUUCGUUAUCAAAGUCCAGGACAUCAAUGACAACGAGCCCAAGUUCCUGGAUGGACCGUACACUGCCAGGGUGGCUGAGAGGUCUCCAGCAGGUACGUCGGUGGUGACGGUGGUGGCCUCAGACGCUGACGAUCCCACGUACGGAAACUCUGCCCGAUUGGUUUACAGCCUCCUGCAGGGUCAGCCGCACUUCUAUGUGGAGCCAAAGACAGGUGUGGUGCGGACAGCUCUACCUGACCUGGACCGGGAGGUGCGGGACCGUUAUCUGCUGGUCAUCCAGGCCAAAGACAUGAUUGGACAGACAGGAGGUCUGACAGGAAGCACCUCUGUCACCGUGACGAUCACUGACGUCAACGACAACCCGCCCCGCUUCCCCCGCAAGAGUUACCAGUUCAGGGUUCCAGAGUCGGUUCUGGUUCCAGUGGUGGUUGCUAGGUUCAAGGCUGUGGAUCUGGACGUUGGUGUGAACGCUGAGAUGGACUACAGGAUCCUGGACGGAGACGGAUUGGGAGCCUUCAGGAUGACCACUGAUCCAAACACUCAGGAGGGACUAGUCACACUGCGAAAGAGUCUGGAUUUUGAGACCAAGUCAAGCUUCACGCUGCGCGUCGAGGCGUCCAACCGUUACGUGGACACUCGUUUCCUGACAAUGAGUCCGUUCAGCGACGUGGUGACGGUUCGUCUGCAGGUGGAGGACGUGGAUGAGCCUCCAGUCUUCUCCUCUUCCGUCAGCUGGAUGGCGGUCUCUGAGGCAGCUGAAGUGGGAACUAAUGUGGGAUCAGUUUCAGCUCACGACCCCGACACCACCAACAGCCCCGUCAGGUACUCCAUCGACCGGAGGUCAGAUGUGGAGCGUUACUUCAACAUCGACAGCAGUUCAGGCGUGAUCACGACAGCCAGACAUCUGGACAGAGAGACCAGCGCUCUGCACAACAUCACCGUCCUCGCCACAGAGAGCGUGGAUCAGUCUCAGGUGGAGAAAGCUGUGGUUCUGGUCUCUGUGACAGAUGUCAAUGACAACGCUCCUGGCUUCGCCAUCGAGUACGAAACCUUUGUCUGUGAGAACAGCGAACCUGGACAGAUAAUUGAGACUUUGAGUGCUGCGGAUCGUGAUGAACCAGAGAAUGGACAUCACUUCCUGUUUUCUCUGAUCACAGAGACUGCUGGGAACCUCACCUUCACGCUGAGAGACAAUAAAG